AUGGAGAGAUCAGCGCCUGGUCCCUCAGUUCCCCCUUCCAGAGAUGAUGUGGCCCUGCAGGACCUCUUUGACACCUGCUACGGCCUUGGCGACCAUCACCAGGUCGAAGGGAAAUCGAAAUAUCUCUAUCGUCAGCGAGACGAGUGCUUAACUUCCCUACAAGACCUGGAGACAGCAGUUGCGCAGGACACAGGCAUCGUCAGAGCCAAGCUGGGGGAAUGGCAAGUCCUGCCUAGAAAGAUCGUCCCCCUGCUCACGUCGUACAUCGAGGACUCGGAAUUGGCUUCCCACGUCUUGAAGCUGAUGGUUCUCCUGACGACGCGCGUAGGAAACUACGGCCCUCCUCCAGUAGACCACCGGAUGCUUCAAGAGCAAGAGCGCGAGCAGCUUUGCCACUUACAGGAGUACAAGGAGGCUUUCACGAACUCCGCUGUCUUCACCAUGCUCGUUCGGCUGCUAGUUGAAGCUCUGGAUGGAGAGGGGCGAACGCACCUCUUCAAGGACGUACUGUUCUUGCUGCGAAAUCUCGUGUCUGUCCCAGAUCCGGGCCCGGGCGACACCGGCUUCACCCCUCUGAGACGAAGGAUGCAGAUGACGUUCCUUCGCAACUUCUGCGAAGAAGGCGUGCUUGCCUUCCUGUCGCUCAUUGCCAACGAGCUGACCGCCCAGCAGCAGGAGGACACCCAGCAGGUCUGGGCGCUUGCAGACAUCCUUUAUCAUGUAUGCACCCACUUCGACCCCGAGGAGCUGCUGACAAGUCGCAAGAAUCAGGGCAAGCCCAGAAGCGAUCUGGCGGAGCUCCUGGCGCGCGACAAGGCGGACCAGAAGCUCCUGGCGCCGCAGUCCUCCAGGCAUAGCCGCUUCGGCACGUUGAUGCACACCAUGUCGUCGGAUGGCUCCAUGAUGUUGUCAUCCUCCGUGAUGCAGAACAGCAUUAUUCAGAAAAGCUCAGCGCUUCUAAAGCGCGAGUUCCGCAAUCCUGAAGUCAGCGGCAAGAAGACCAACAUGUUCCACAAUCUGUUUUUUGUCGACCUUGGGGAAGGGUCUGUCCGGGAGUACAACCAGAUAAAUCCGCAUGUGCGGGGAGUCCUCGACGACCGUAUGUACCAUCCGCAGAAGGUUCUUCAAGGCUAUCGCGCUUUCUUUGAGCAGCUUUGCUCGACCUCCUUCAGCUCGCUAGUCAGCAUUAUGCGGAGCAGCUGCAAUGCAAAUCCUGCCAAAGAAGGAGCUGCAGGAACAGAAUUCGACAUGCCACACUUGCUGAACUUCGUUUCCUGGUUCCUGGAGUUCCACCGUGUUCAGCAUGCAACGCAGGUGGAGGAAGCCAAGAAGAAGAGCUCACCGCCUCCCGACAUGGACAUCGCUGUCAUCCAAGGGGCCAUUGACUUGGAUAUGAUCCAGUUCACUACAGCGCGACUUCGCGACUUUGGCAAGGGGGCGCAUAUUCACUCUUCUUUCCUGGUGGUGGUUCUCCGUGCUCUCUCGGCACAAGUCCAGACCAUUAAAGUCAUCACCGAGUGCACUGGCUCUGAUACGCGAGACUGCGGAGAUCUCCUGGUGACUCACACUGUAAAGGAGGAUGUCUUGGGAAACGUCUCGUGGAUCAUGAAGAACUUCAACUCCGCUACACAUGAUCCUCGCAUUCUCUCAUACUCGGUGGAGGUCUGGCACUUGUUGACGAUGCUGAUGGAGAGACGCGGUGGUGAAAGGGGCGCAGAAGCCGAGUUCCAGGUUGAGCGGCUUCGUGGAGUGCAGAUGUCGCGCUCCACCACGUCCGUCGAGAAGGAGAUCGCAGGCCUUGCCGAUUCCAGAGUCGUGGAAAACCUCUUCCACCUGCUGGAGAAGUAUCGACGCCACACGCCCUUGCUCCAAUCCAUGCUGGUCAAGCUGAUCCGGAGCAUCAUGGAUGCACAGCCCACGAACAUUGUCUUGUUUUUUGAGCUCUCCUACUUCAUGCGCAUUCAGCGCAUCAUGACCGAUCCGCUUCUGACAAGUAACAAGAACGCCGAGAAAUACAAAGACAUUCUUGGACUACUCCGAUUCGUCUUGCGGGAGUUCUUCACAUGUGCCGAGACCAACAAAUGCGUUUUUGCUGAGCUGCUGUUCCGCAAGGUUCAGGAAAGUCAAAAAGAGCAGGUCGAGUCUUGCGCUGUUGAGUUCGGUGCAAUUCUGAGCAACUACGAAAACGAAGGAUACCGACAGGUCUUGGACAGGAUGAGUGCCGGAGACACAGUCAAAACGAUCAGAAAGCAGCGAGCGGACGUGAUGAAGGGACAAGGUUGGACAGAGGAGGAGGAUGCUGUACUGCGACAGCGCUACGCAAUGUAUGCAAGCCAUCCGCUGGCUGCCGACCUGCUGGCAGCCGACCUGCCGGAAGACAACAAGCGAACGCCCCUACAGGUGCGCCGCCGCCUGAUCGAGCUCGAGCUGAUGCCGGCGAGGGGACCAGGAGGUCGGGCUGCUGCGGCUGAGGACGAGCCGGCCUCAAAGAAGGCCAAGGUUGACAGCGGCAACGUGGACAUGCCCGCAGGCAAAGCCGCAGGCAACGGAAGCCAUGCAGGAUGGAACAUCCAUUGCCCUGAGCGUGCUUCAUGCGUGAGGCAAGCCCGCGCCGCCCACUUCUUUCAGCACACCUGCUGGCACUGA